AUGUCUGCUCUCUCCUUGGCGAGUCCCGUAUCUCUUACUCUUCUCUCUUCUUCUUCUGCCCGAUAUGCGCAUCGUCCUCUCUCGUCGGUCGGAUCUGUCUCCGGUUCCAUUUCACCGAGAAAGUUCUCGACUUUUCGCGCCGUUGCAGAAUCCAAAGAUGAUGGAAUGGAUGCUGUUCAGAGACGCCUUAUGUUUGAGGACGAAUGCAUUCUUGUUGAUGAAACUGAUCGUGUGGUGGGGCAUGACAGCAAAUAUAAUUGUAAUGUGCUUCUUCUCUCCUCUUUAGAUCGCACUUUUGAGUUUUCAUCAAAUGUCUUGGACCACUCCGUUGUAUUCUUAUUCAACUCCAACUUUGAGUUGCUUCUCCAGCAAAGGUCGAAAACAAAGGUGACCUUCCCUCUCGUGUGGACAAACACUUGUUGCACCCACCCUCUUUACCGUGAAUCAGAGCUUAUCGAGGAAAAUGCACUUGGUGUAAGGAAUGCUGCACAAAGAAAGCUUCUCGACGAGCUUGGUAUUGUAGCUGAAGAUGUACCGGUCGAUGAGUUCAUUGCCUUGGGACGUCUGCUUUACAAGGCUCCUUCCGAUGGCAAAUGGGGAGAGCACGAACUUGACCACUUACUGUUCAUAGUGAGGGACGUGAAAGUUCAACCAAACCCAUACGAAGUAGGCGGUAUCAAGUAUGUGAGCAGGGAAGAGCUGAAGGAGCUGGUGAAGAAAGUGGAUGCAGGCGAAGAAGGUUUGAAGCUGUCUCCAUGGUUCAGAUUGGUGGUUGACAAUUUCUUGAUGAAGUGGUGGGAUCAUGUUGAAAAAGGAACUUUGGGUGAAAUCAUAGACAUGGAAACUAUCCACAAACUCUGAAACCUUUUUUUUGGAUCAUCUUUCUCUUUCUCCUUUUGACCUGUUUGUGAUAAUAAUAAUUUGGGAGAUGUGGCUUCAGAGAUUCCAAGCAGUGAAGUUUCAUUUUUAUAUGAAUUUAUGAAUAUCUCUCAAUGUUCUUCUAAGCUUGAAUUUUUUUACAUUGUUUCUGAGAUAUUUUAAAAGCAUAAAGAGUCGAGAAUCAAAAACAAAAAAAGAACAGAA